AUGAAUCCCGAUCAGCAAGACAUUGACCACCUCCUGCAGCGUUACCUCUGCCUCCUGGAGGAAUACACGCGGCUCCGUCAAGAACUAUCCAGGCUGCAAGCCCUGGUGUAUCGAGACAUUGCGCGUGCCAACUUUCUCGCAGAGCGGGGCCUGAGGUUCGGUCAAGACCAGUACGACGACAGGAUGCGGGCCAGCCGCCGGCUGACUAUCCUGCAAAGCGAGCACCAAGCCCCCGAAUUCCGCACCAAAGCCCACCCUUUCGAGGCUCAAGACGGCCAGGAGACGGGAGAGGAGGGUGUAGUCUCCGAUGACGAGCAUGGCAAAGGAACGCGCAAAGACGCGCGGCGUGGGCUGCCGCACGAUCCCCUCAGAUGGUUCGGCAUCCUGACGCCCAUGCCGCUGCGGACUGCGCGAAGCCAUUCCGCUCGAGCGGUGGAGGAUGUGAUUCCACGACUGGCCUCGGUAGAUGCCGAGAUGCGGCGUGUGGAGAUUGAGGUGCGUCGGGCACGCAAAAGGCAGUCCAAGGCUGGCGGUGCCGUGAGCAAGGGCUCGUUUGCUGUGUGCAAAUCUGCAGAGGGAAUUCAGCGACAGGGCUGA